UUCCAUCAGGUGUAAAGAACUGUUUCCAUUUUGAGGCUAGCAAUAUAUGGCUCUUUAUAAUUUAUCACAACACUCUCAGUUUGUUCCUGGCAUUCAGAUUUGAUGACGUCUAGCGUUGGUCAUUCGAUCCAGCAACAACAUUAUUAAAAUGUCAAAGCCCAUGGAUCUUAAUAAUGAGCGACCAGCAGACAAAUCCAUAAUCAACAGGAUUAUCAAAUCAGGUGGUCGACUCCUACCUGGCAUGGUGCCAUUCAACUCUGUUCCUGAUUCUGACCAACAGAGUGGAGGAGAAGAGCUCACUGUGCAGGAUGAUUAUGUAGACGACAUGGAAUGGUGGAUCUCAGAGGAACCCUGGAAGGAACUUGAACGUCCUAAUGCAGAGAAAAAUGAUGCAAAAACCUUCACACAGAAAGCUGAAAAUCUAAAAAGAGCUCUUUAUGUGUUUGAUCGCCUAAUGUAUGAGCGAGGAGCAAAUCUGCAGGAUCACAUUGUAGAACUACAGGAAGUGGCUAAUAAUAUUGACAAGGAGGUGAAGGCAGCAGGUGUUACCUGGGCAAAUGUAGGGGCACUAGGACUGGCAGCUUCUGUCGGAAGUGUCCUAUUUGCCUCACUGACCAGCAGGGCUUCUUUAGCAGUGGCUGCAGUUGGGGUUGGAGUUGUAGCAGUUGGAGUCUCAAUUACCAUUAUCAACAAAAUCCACACCAAUGUGGACAGGAAGAAGGUGGAAACAAUCCUCAAAGAACACUCUACUUAUCUAGAGGAAUUUGAGAGAUGUUUGAAGUUUAUAGGUAAAAAUGUAGAGUGCCUGAAGAAAUACGACUUGUCCACAUUAAAGGGGGAGAGGAUGACUAGAGUGGUACAGAGGGCUGGAGAAAAUGUAGGAGCAAUCGGCCCACUCAGUAAAUCCUCCGCUCUGAUCCAAGGCUUCGUGCUGGGCUUGGACAUCUACUACUGCAAAGGCGACUCUGAGCAGCUGAAGAACGGAACAGAAACCAAAUUUGCCAAACAAAUUCGUGUGCUGGCGAAACAGAUGCAGGCCAGCCUUGAAGAACUAAUGAAGUUCAAAACAGUGGUGGGAUCUGUGGACAUGUAGAGCAUGAUUUGUGUAUAUACUGAAGAUUUUGCUAUUAUGUAGUGUAUAUUUUAGAGAAGUUUAACCCAUUAAUGCUAUAAUCCCUAUAAUAAACAUUUUAUGUUAUCCAAUGAUAUAUUCAUUUACAGACGCAUAUACUGGCAAGUGGUCACAGAAACCCUGUAAUACAUAUCAUGAAGUAAAUUUUCAAUGCUUUGUGUUUCUUUAUAUGAUAGAGAAAGGAUACUAACAGAAUAACCAAUCAAAUUAAAAAAUGCUACUUAAAUUUUCA